CAUGUAGCAAACACCAGCAUGGAUAUCUCACAGAUAACCUAGCUAGGCCUAAAGGCUUCAAUGCGAAGGAUCCAAUCCUAAAAUGAAGCGCCAGGCAACAGGUGACUGUUUGCUAAAAUCACGAGUUUCUCACGCCCAUGACGAGAUAAGAGGCCACUUACGAUCACGGAUCCUUCCAAAUCCAACCAUGACAGCUUCUAUCGUCCUUCCUUUCACUUGUAUAUAAAUUCAACACGCCCCUGCUUCUUGUUGUUCAUUUACCCCUAAUAAAGACCACUGUUCUUAAGCUACACCUUUCUUUGCCUUUUUUAUCAAUAUCAGGCCUCGAUAGAUACGCUCGCUGCCCAUUUCAAUCUGUUAAACAGCAAGUACGACGGAUUUGUAGAAUCAUACGUUAUAAGCGGCGUAGCUCUCUCGGCAUCGACCAUGGAUAGGCAAAACCACGUGGUCCAGCAGCGGCUCUCCAACGGUAACCACCCAGGUAGGCACUUACCUAUCAUCACCUUCAUCAUUGUCAUCAUCGGCAUCAUUGGCAUCUUAUUACGAAAACCCCUAGCCACCCUACUCACCACCUCUCCAGAAACCCACCCCCCAAAACAACAACGCCGCCGCCCACCACCAACCCUCCACGUCCACCGCACCGACGGCUACAGCCUCCUCAUCGACAUCCUCUCCGAUCUGCGCGCCCAAGGAACCCCCAUCGCCCCCGUCGUGCACGACCUCAUCAUCCAGCUCUACUCCACCGCGCAAGCAGCCGAAGAACACGGCGACCACCUGCGGAGAAAGCACGCGCGCCUGCAGGCCGAGCACGCGCAGCUUGUCGCGGACUUUAACCACUACUGCGGUACUAGGGAAAAGUGGCAGGCGAGAGCGGCGGAUGCGUUGAGCGAGGACAUGCGACGCGGCGUGGACGCGGCGGUGGCGGAGAGCGCGCGGUGGAGGGAGGUGAUGGAGAUGAUGUUCGACGAGCACUUGGCCAUGGUGAGGGAGGUGGCGGUUUUGGAGCGGGAGGUGGCGGUGCUUAGGGAGGAGAGGGAGAAGGAGGGGUUGGAGGGGGAUGGCGAGGGCGAGGGCGAGGGUGAGGGUAUUGCGGGUAGCGGAGCUGGGGAUACUCCCGCCGACCCGGACUGAGCGGUAUACCUAGUAGAACUGCAUAGUCUUCCAUAGAGGAUAGAUAGGUAGGUGUAUAGAGAAAGGCGUAACUGCGUUGCGCGUCACUGACGUCUUGAUCCAUAUCGCGCCAGUCCAUGGGCUGGGAGGUGGCCAGGCAUUACCUAAGGGGCAUUGCACCAAGCCGCGUUAACAGGGCAAGUUUCUACCAAGAACCAAUUCUUAUCCAUGCCUGUAUGCGGGCAACAUCUCUAUAGUUACAUAAGUGUCCGAGAUGUUUCACAACUCAGUCGUGCCUCUUUCCAAUGUCUAUCACCCAAGAUUUAGUGGCCUUUAAUUGGAAGUCUUAAGUCUUGACUCUUGAGAGGCACAUGUAGGUUCGAAAAGCGGUGAAAUGAAGGAGGGAGUUGGCAGAGUGUUUGAGUAUGAGCCGGUAGGGACAUGGUUUGUUCAUGCCAUGCUGGGACUAGUCAAAUACAUAUACCUAUACAACAUGCCGAUGGAUGGCUCAUUCGAAAAUUAAAGUAGGUAUCGAAAGCGGCACAGCGCGUGUUCGCGUUAAAUUCACGUGUACGAGAGGGUAGGCAUGAUGGCGAUCCCUUCGUGUGGAUAUACACUAGCUAACCGUGCCAUGUCGCUACAUAACACUAGGUUAAUUAGUUAGACGAUAUUAAAAAGAAAAAAAAAAGAAAAAAAAAAGCCCCGGUUAUGAUCUGCCUCGUGGAACCCGGAUCC